ACACACUGAGACUCCAGACUGACGCUCCUGUGUGACUCCCUGAGGACGAGCACUGAAACAUUUGAGCAAAAAGGAGUGAAAUACACUGGAUGCUACAUUUUUAUUUGAUUUUUUUUUAAACACUUCUGCAGGAUUAUUACUUUUCUUGAGGUUUUAGAAGAGCCUGGAAAAUGGAUGUAUACACUUUGAUGUCCGUGUUAUCAGUGAUGUGCUCCUGGAUUUUGUGCACAGUGCUAUCGGUGCCGACUCCCACUGCCUCCAUCGCCACCCAGGGGCGCCAUGUGCGGACCAAACGCUGCUCCUGCGCCACCUUCCUGGACAAGGAGUGCGUCUACUUCUGCCACCUGGACAUCAUAUGGGUCAACACACCUGAGCGCGUGGUCUCCUACGGACUGGGCAACGCUCCCAGAACGAGGCGCGCGGUCGCGGACUCCAUGGCAACCGGCAGCGGACCCAGGUGCCAGUGUUACCGCGAAAACGACAACACAUGCCGAAACUUCUGCCGGCUGGAAAAACACCUCCGGUAUGGGACGUUGCCAGACACCGAGAUCCGCUCAGCCGAGGGCGAUGGUUGUGUUCAGGCACAGUGCAAACACAAGCUGGCAGCCGACACGGGCAGGAUUAAGAGGAACACCCACGAGAACCACGGGUCGCCACCAGCGAUCGAGGCCGCCUUGAAAACCCGCCUGCUGCUGGAGAAGUGGAGGGUGAGACAGCGCCACAGGGCGAGAGCGUGGGAGGGCGAGAGCGCGGCCUCCUAAAGAAGACAAGACGACCGCCGCACCUUGUCACUACAGAGGUGGUUGGUGGGAAAAGGGCUUCAUGAGCAUGGGGGGCCCCAGCCCACCCUCCGAAGUUAAGGCUGGCGAACUCGCUCCGCGGCUACAGCGUCGUGCAGCGGUCGAGCAGAGAGCGUCUACUACUCGACUCGGUUGCACUUCAUCAGACAGAUGAAGGAGGUCAGAGACAAGUUCAGGUGAAGGAGGACUUGGGGCUCCUGGUCCCGGUCUGCACAAAAAUCAAGGACAUUCAUUGAUCUUGUGGGUGUCAGACUCGCUCCUGUGGACUCACCAAACAGCAUUUCAACAACAACAAAAACUUGACAUUACUGGAAGGGUUUAAUAUAAAUCCCUCUGGGACAGAACAAUGAAAACCACUGCCGUAUACAGCUGAAGGCAGUCCUACUUAUUAUAUUUCAAAACGCCAUUAUGUUUCUCACACAUAGAGAAGAGUCUACAUAGAAGGGAUUAUGUGCCUUGUGUCGAUUUUAUUUCCACUGACUGAAACUAUUUACUGCAUUUUACGACACAGGUCGCCUCCUUUACGUCAGGACACAGGUCACUGUAGCUGCUGGGAGUUUUUUAAACCACAGAUGUGUUUGUGCAUUCAUCAUAAUUUAAUGUUUCUGUAUGUUGUUGCUCCUGCGUGUCUUUAUUUAUUCUUUUUAACGUGUUGUAAUUUGAUGGCCAUAUUGGUCCGUCACUUUUUCAGUCGUUUUUUUUUUUGUCAUUUCUGUGAAAUGUUUUGUCACCAAGGUGCCAAAUUUUGGCCCGAACUUAAAUAAAUUUUUACACACUUAUU